AUGACCAGUGAUAAUCAAGUCAUCAACUCAGAUAUAUCUACUACAGCAGGUGGUGCACCCAGUACGGCAGCUAGUGGAACCAAUGAAGGGGCUAGCGCUACUUCUAACGGGUCAUCAACCAAUGUCACUCCAAGAGAUGUACGGUUGUUGAACCUAAUCUUUGCUACACAGAAUAUACAUCAUUAUCAAGACCAUGUGCCGCUACAACUAAUGGAUUUUGCCCACAGAUACACCCGCUCUAUAUUGAAGGAUGCUUUGGUAUACAAUGAUCAUGCUAAACCACUCAAUACAAAUACCAAUUUGAACUCUAAUGCAAACACUACAGUUACUACUGAUGAUAUACGUCUUGCCAUAGCUGCUGCUGCCAAUUAUCAAUUUAAGCCAGCCCCACCCAAAGAGCUAAUGUUAGAGCUUGCUCAUGAACGUAAUGCUAAAUCGUUGCCAGCAAUAAUUCCCAAAUGGGGUUUAAAUUUACCUCCAGAAAAAUACUGCUUGACUGCCAGAGAUUGGGACGAUAUUUACGAUGAACCAGAAGAUGAAUCAAAGAAGAAGAAGCAGAAGCAAUAA